CGCGGCGACGCUGGGCGUGUGGGCGCAGAUGGCGGCGGUGCACGGCGCCUGAGGUGGCCGGGGCCAUGAGCGCCGCCCGGCCCCAGUUCAGCAUUGAUGAUGCCUUCGAGCUGUCCCUGGAGGACGCGGGCCCUGGGCCCGAGUCCAGCGGGGUCGCGCGCUUUGGGCCGCUGCACUUCGAGCGUCGGGCCCGGUUCGAGGUGGCUGACGAGGACAAGCAGUCCCGGCUGCGCUACCAGAACCUGGAGAACGAUGAGGACGGAGCCCAGGUCUCUCCAGAGCCAGAUGGGGGAGUCAGCACCAGGGAUUCCGGCCGAACUUCCAUCCGCAGCUCCCAGUGGUCCUUUAGCACCAUCAGCAGCGGCACCCAGCGCUCCUACAACACCUGCUGCAGGUGAGCCUGCCUACCUAAGCCCCCAGCCAAGCAGCCCUGGCUCUACCCCUGCAGUCUCCUGCACCCCCUCCCUCCACCUCCUUCACAUUCACCCUGCUCUCCUGCCACCCAGCUGGACCCAACACCCUUUGAUCCAGAAGAACCGUCGAGUGGUGCUGGCCUCCUUCCUGCUCCUGCUGUUGGGGCUGGUGCUGAUCCUGGUCGGCGUGGGACUGGAGGCGACCCCCUCUCCAGGUGUCUCCAGCGCCAUCUUCUUCGUACCGGGCUUCCUGUUGUUGGUGCCUGGAGUCUAUCACGUGAUCUUCAUCUAUUGCGCGGUCAAGGGCCACCGGGGCUUCCAGUUUUUCUACCUGCCCUACUUCGAGAAGUGACCGCGGCGCAGCGUGGACUCCUUGCAUCCACGUGGGCGUCCCUCUGACCCACGCCCUGUUCCGUUCCCCUCAUCUCAAGGGAAGAGGCCCUCCAGGGCCCUCGAAACCCCAGCCCCUAGGGAGUUUGCUCAGGAAGUUUGGGGAAUGCAGGCCUGGCCCUGGGAAAGCCGCCCCUCACCUGCUGUGUGCCUUAACUUAUUCUCCGGCCGUGCGGCUGCUAGGUUGCUGUUAUUUUGUGCUAAUAAAAGAGUAGUUAAUUCCACCA